AUUUAAUGUAAUGUUUUAUCUUUUGAAGGUGAAAUGAAGAUAUCGAUUAUAAAUCGUAACGACAAUGGAAGUUUAAAUUCAUGGGGUAGAAAAACCGUUAGAAUAGUAAACAUACCCAUCGACAGUAAAUACAGGAUUAGCAAAUGACAUUUGGUUUUUAUUAGGUCAAAAAGAAUUCAAUAUGAAGCUUGACGAAUGGGGGAAAUUACUUAUAUCUUGGGCCAAUUUUUUGGAUCCUAACGAGAAUAUUAUAAAAAUUGAAGAUUUAUCUACUUCUGGGUUCUUUCCUCGUUUGUUGAAAUCUUUACAAUCAAGUGAUGGAGAAGCUAAUAUUGAAGAAUACUACAAUUAUUUGCAAGAGCAUUAUAAGUCAAUGGAUUUUGGUAAUCCUAAAACUAAAGAAGGAGCUGUUUUACAUGCAACGACAUUUCUUAUUUAUUGUUCACUGCAUCAUCCCAACAAUGGGCUGCAAAAGAAAAUGAUAGAUUUACCUCAUUCGACACAAUGCCAGUUAACAGACUUUUUACAAGAAUUUGUUGAUGUUCCGAAGUCCAGCAUAACGAGGGAACUUAUAUUUUCUAAAGUUUCAGAAAUUUGUAUUGCUGGUUUACAAGGAAAUGCCGUUCGCACUCCAUCCAAUUUUGGAACCCCUGUCACCUACACUUCAAGUCCUUCUACUGAAGAGAUCAUGGGUUCAAAAUCGAGUAGCUCAACAAAAAAGCCUUCACGGUUAAAGAAACUUAGGAACGAUAUUGAAAUAUUGACUUCUCUGAAAGUGGAAUUAACUGAAGAACUUGAAUCUGCGAAAGAAGCCAUUUCUAAAUUAGAAUGUGACAUUAAGAAAAGAGAUGUUGAAAUAUUAAAACUGAAGUCGGAAAUUAAAAAAUCUGAAGAUAUUGAACAUGUCUGUGAAACACAAAAAAAUAAUGAUAAUUUUAAAGUUGAAAAAUUGAAGGCUACCAUUGAGAAUUUGGAACUACAGAAAUGUGAACUAGAGGGCACUGUAUCACAACUCUAUGAUGAGAAGGAUACAAUUAAUGAAGAGAUGAAGAAGUUGAAGAACAUUUUACAAAACGCUGAAAUUCAAAGAAAGCAUUCAGACGAUAUCAGAGAUGAUUUAGAAGAAGAAAUUACUAGAUUGAAGGGUGUAAUUGAACAGCUUACAAUAACAAAUAACGAACAGUCUGAGUAUAUAACAGAAUUGACAAGGGUAAAAGAUGAUUCAAAAUGUUUCUCUGACAGCCAGUCUGAAAAUAUUAUUCUGCCAGAAUCUCUAGGGCAACAUGUGAUAGAUCUUCAAGUCCGGGAACUUCAAGAAGAACUUGAAAAAAAGGAAACUGAAAUAGCUGAAGCAAAAAAUAUCAUUAAUGAUCUCAGUUCUUUAAUCAAUGAAAAUAAGGAAACUAUAGAAAAUCAAAAUUCUCUGUUGACAAAAAAAGAAAAUGAAUUGGAACAAAAAAAUGGUCACUUGGAAGAUUUAGAACAAUCCAUUUUAAAGUUCAAAAGUGAAUUGGAAAGUUUAAAAGAGGAAUAUCAACAACUUGUUAAAGAAUCUGAGUAUCAGGUAUGUACGGUAAAAGAAGAAUUAAAUGUAUCACAUAAUACAGUAGCAAGUCUAAAAUCAGAGAAACAACAACUGGAAGAAACUGUGAAUUCUAAUUUGGAAAUGAUCAGAAUGCACGAGGAAAGAAUAAGUAGUUUAAAUGAUGUAAUACGUUUGAGUGAUGAAGAGAUCAAUUCUUUAAAAAAAAACAUUGUAAAACUAGAAAACCAAUUAGAUAUUACAUUGAAGUCUAGCGAAGAAGAAAUUAGUUAUAAAAAUGAACAAAUUAAAGUUUUAGAAGAUUCUAUUAAUGCUUGGGUAGAAAGAAAUUUAGAAUUAAACAACAUUCUCGGAAAUCUUACUGCCGAGAUGGAGGAAAAGAAUCUCACCAUUAAAAAUAAUGGAGCAGAUUUAAGAAAUUUAGAAUGCCAAAAUUUGUUUUUAACUAACACUCUACAAGAAAAAGAUUCGAUUAUCAAUAGUAUGCAGACUUCGAUAAACUCCUUGACCGCUGAUGUAUCUGCAUUUAAACACAAAGAAAAUUCUUUAGUCACUGAACUGAAAUCAUUGGGUUGUUGUAAUUCACAGCUUCAAUCGCAGAUCUCUGGUCUGAAUGAACUGCUGAACUCUUGUAUAACAGAAAAGAAUGCACUUUCGAAAACAGUUCAAGAUAAGGAAAUAGCUGCACAGCAACAAAUAAAUAAAUUGAAAGACAUGAAGAAUGAUUUCGAAGCUAGAAAAAGAAAACUUGAAAGUGAUCUAGAACAAAAAGAAAAAGAAUACAAAGAAGCUGAAGAAGAUAGAUGUCGCCUAAAUAUAGAUUUGGAUGACCUGAAGCACAAAUUUAUGUUUCUCGAAAUAAAAAUGAAAGAAAAAGAAAAUGAAGUAUCAGAUAAAUGUAGCACCAUCGAAAAGUUAGAAAACGAGUUAGAGAAGUCUGUUAAGAAAGAAAUAGACUUAACUAAUCAGGUUCAUGAAUAUGAAAGAUGUGUUUCUACCACAGAACAAGAACUGGAGUCUUCUAAAGCAGCUAUAUCAGAGUUACAAAAAGAAGUUUCACAACUUUUGUUUGAAACAGAAGAGCACAACAGGCAAGAGUUUAAUUUGAAAAAUGAGAUAUCGACAAAUACUGAAAUUAUCAACGAACUCAGAAAACAGUUAUAUGAAGCUGAAAUAAAUCAAAAAGAACUUCAAGAAGGAUACAUCAAGGAAAAUGACUCUUUGAAUUCUAUUAUUAGCGAGUUGAAAUUGUCUUUAGUCAAACUUAAUGAGGAUUUAUCUGUCAGUAAUGAUGUUAACAAUGUAUUAACCAAAGAUGUGACAGCGAGAAAGGAAUUAACUAAAAAUCUGGAAAAUACGAUUGUCACUCUUCAGUCUAUGUUACGAUCUCUGGAAGAAGAGAACCAUGUUUUGAAUGACGAAGUCUUCUCUAAAGGCUGUGCUCUUGACGAAUUACAGAAACAAAUUGAGUCUUAUAAAGUUGAAAUUAAUGCCUCAAUCGUUGAGAAAGCAGCUAUUUGUCAUGAGUUGCAAAAUUUCAAGGAAUUGUACAAUGAUGAAGUUGAAAAAACAGAUAAUUUAAAUAAUAAAAUUUCAGAAUAUGUUUCAAAAGUUAAUGAUCUUGCACAAGAGCUUGUUUCUAAAGAAGAUGAAAUCACUGACCUGAAAAUGAGUGUAGAAGAUUUGAAAUUGAAGAAAAACCAUCUCGAAGAUGUCAAUAAUUCUGCCCAAAGUAAGAUAACUUCCUUAGUCGAAGAAACCUCUGAUCUUAAAUCUGAUAUUGCUAAUUUACACACAGCUAUAAGGGAACAGGAGGAAACUAUAGGCAUUUACAGAAAAAAAGAAUAUGAAGAAAAUAAGAAUAUGAAGAUGCUAGAAGAAUCUAUGACUGAUUUAAGAUCAAAGAUAAAGGAUAUAACUGAGGAAAAUAAUGAUUUGAAAAUCGAAAUAAAUGAUCUAAAGGCACAAUUAGUGGAUUCAAAAGAAAUUUAUGACGAUUUAAAAAAAAAAUAUGAUGAAAAAACUGUACAGGUAAAUGAUUAUUCACAAAAACUUGAAGAUCUCCUGACAAAAUCACAUUCGGAAAUCAAAAAACUUGAAGAGAACUUCAAUGGAGAAAAAUCCAAGUUGAUAAAAGAUUACAAUGGUUUAAUGAGUGAUUUUGAAAACUUGAAAGAUGAAAAAGAAAAAUGGAAUUUGGAAUUGAAGAAUAUCAAAUUAGAACACUCAAAUAAUAUCGAAAAAAUUGAAAAAGCCCAACUCUUAAUCGUUGAACUUCAGGAAAAAGAAACAAGCCUAAGUCAGGAGGUUUUACUAUUGAAAGGAAAAGAAGAUAAUUUAAAAAAAGAAAUCUAUGAUAAAAAUAAUGCAAUCACUAAUCUCAAUAAUGAAAAGGAUUGUUUAAAAAAAUUGGUUUCAACUUAUGAGUUUGAAGAAAAGAUUUUGAACUCUAAACUUCAUUCAAAAGAAACGGAAAUUUCUGAAUUGAAGUCAAAUCUUGAUCGCCUACAUGCACAAUUCGAAUCCAAAGAAGAAAAAUUUGAAAAGGAAAUUGAAUCAAAGCUUCAAAAAAUUCACGAUCUUGAUUUGACAAUUGGUAAAUUAAAUAGUCAGUACAUUCAAGUCAGCAAAGAAAAAGAAUCUCUCAUUGUCGAAAUUGAAAACAAAAAGUCUUUAGAACUCGAUUUGAAAUCAUUACAAAUCGAUCAUGAGUCCUUAAAAGAUGAAAAGUUAGAAUUAGAAAAAGAAUCUAUUUUGAAAAAUGAAGAAAUAUCUCAAUUGAAGUUCAGUUUGUAUUCAUACGAAAAAGAAAUUAACUCGUUGAAAACAGAAAAUCAAAAUCAAUAUAAAACUUUACAGAAUAAAAUUAAAGAAUUAGAAGAAAUAAAGUUGUCUUUGAAAAAUCUUCAAAAUGAAACUUUAGAGAGUAAAAUGAAAGAAAAAACUAUAAUGGACCAAUUGGUCCAGCAUAAUGACAUGAUCAUAAGCCUCGAGCAGAGCCUUGUCUCGGCCGAUGCUCAAGUACACGACGCUCAGGUGGAAAUAUCCUCGUUGAAGGAUUCUUUGCUGAAGAAAGAUGAACAGAUAGAAAGUAUCGGUAAAGAAAAGAACUGUUUGAAAUUGGACAUGGACAUAGUUCUUAAAAAAAGUGAAAUGUUAUCAUCUCAAUUGGAUGCAAAAAAUAAUGCAAUUCAGGAACUCCAUAGCAAAUUAAAUAAGGCUGAAGAUGAGAUUUCGAAAUUGAUUUUAAAGAAAACCGACCACGAACAGACUAUAGAAAGCCUCUAUAACACCCUACAAAGCCAGAAUACCGAGAUAAAUGAUAAAAAUAAGGAGAUAGACAUAUUACAGAAGGAAAUAAAAAAUGUCAUUCAGCAACUUUCUGAUGAAAGGGCUAAUCAGAACAAUCAAAUUGAAAAAUUAAAAGCUGACAAUGAUGUAAAGGAGUCUACAUUGAAGACUCAUAUUUCGGAAUCAGACUACAAAGACCGUUUGGAGCAGGUCAAAUCUACUUAUGAAAAAAAAGUGCUUGCUUUGAAGGCUGUAAUGAAAAAGCAGUUUACUGAGAAAUUAGAAGACAUUACAUUUUCUCUUCAGAAUACAAAUACCGAUCUUAAAGAAAAGCUCUUCAAAGAACAAGAGAGGUGUGCAAGAUUGCAGUCAGAACUUUGGAACGCCAGCGAUAAAUUACUGAUUGCUCAAGAACAAAAUCGAACGUUACUUUCUAACUUUCAGAAUCGAAAUGCGUACGAAGUACUUAGACCAAGUGAACCUCUCUCCCCAAUAAGCAAAGCACGAUCUAUGGAAGUUUUGUCCGGACGAAACAGAGGCAUUGAUAACUUUGCCCGAGACAUCAGCCUGAAUGAGUCUGGAUCUAGUCGGAGGUCAUCCAUCAGGAGCCUCCCGAGGGGAAUGGGUAAAAAGUUCUCUUUCUCUGCUGGAAAAGUGUUCCCAGCUGCAGAAGAAGAUGGAGAAGUGUUUGAUAAUAGGUAUCUCGCUGAUCUGAAAGCUGGAAGAUGUGAUUUACAGUACGACCCCAAUCGCAUGUCAACGUUGCAAUAUAGGAAUUCUCUGUGUCCUCCACAUUUGAAGUCUUCCUACCCGGCCGAAACUCAGUUCAUCAACACAAUAAAAGAAGAUGAUAUAAAGGAUCAAUCUGGAGCGUUACCCAUUUUGCCUGAUAAAGACAAUGAAAACACUCCUCCCAUUCAAGAUCAACCUGAAGCGUCAGCCAUUUCACCUGAUAAAGAUAAUGAAAAUACUCCUCCCAUUCAAGAUCAACCUGAAGCAUCAGCCAUUUUGCCUGAUAAAGAUAAUGAAAAUACUCCUCCCAUUCAAGAUCAACCUGAAGCAUCAGCCAUUUUGCCUGAUAAAGAUAAUGAAAAUACUCUUUCCAUUCAAGAACAACCUGAAGCGUCACCCAUUUUCACUGAUAAAGACAAUGAAAAUGCUCCCAUUCAAGAACAACCUGAAGCGUCACCCAUUUUUACUGAUAAAGACAAUGAAAAUGCUCCCAUUCAAGAACGACCUGGCGCGUCACCCAUUUUCACCGAUAAAGUCAAUGAAAAUACUCCUUCCAUUCAAAAACAACCUGGCGCGUCACCCAUUUUCACCGAUAAAGGCAAAGAAAAUACUCCUUCCAUUCAAAAACAACCUUGCACGUCACCCAUUUUCACCGAUAAAGGCAAAGAAAAUACUCCUUCCAUUCAAAAACAACCUUGCACGUCACCCAUUUUCACCGUUAAAGAUAAUGAAAAUGCUUCCAUUCAAGAACAACCUGGCAAAUCACCCAUUUUUCCUGAUAAAGAUAAUGAAAAUGCUCCCAUUCAAGAACAACCAGGCUCGUUACCCAUUUUUACUGAUAAAGAUAAUGAAAAUGCUCCCAUUCAAACUGGUUCCAACUCAGCAUCAGUGACUUCAGAAAAUGACGUGAGGAGGGUAAAAAUUCAAGGUAAUGAUAAGCCUUGUCCGCCCACUCCACACAUGGGACAAUCUUCUUACUCAUUGCAGAAGGAGCAGCAGUUGAACGAUACGAUGGUUCUCCAGGAAGCAAAUACGAAUGUGAAGAAAGAUACUUUGACUAAGCCAAUAAAACCAUCCACACCCAGCCGAUUGAAAGCCCUCUUCACUCAUAAAAAAGAUGAGAAUUCACCAAGGAGAAAAUCAUUCUUCCGGAGAACUUGAAAUAUUUAAGGGAAUCCAGGCUUUGCUUUGUAAAUAGUAUGUACAUUCUGUAUCAUAUACGGUCGCUAUUCGUCCCCAUUGCUGUAUUGGUAGCAAUUUUCUUUCAUUUUGAUUAAUAAAUAAUAAAUUUUAUCUAAUGUAUUAAUAAAUUUUUUUGAUAUUAUUUUCAAAGGCUGUUUUAAAAAUGUACUUAAGUGAAUUUGGCUAUGCUUUGUAAUGAAUUCAUUGUAAUAUCAUUGCAUGUGUUGUAAUAAAUAAAUAAAAAAAAACAAUGUGAUUCUGUAUAUCUUUUUUAUGUGAUAUUGACUAGUUAUUAUGUUUCUUUUUAUAAUUAACUCUUUUAUUUAUACUUCAUAUUUUAAUAUACUUUCAAUUUGAAAGUUUAA